AUGUGCCAACCUUGGUCCGAAGCGAUUCCGGCCGUGACCUCGGUGGCAGUCGCGGGGCUAGUGCUUGCGGGCCUUUGCUGCAGGGCCCGGAGUCGUCAUGGCAUCCAGAUUGCAGUGGAUGUCAUCGUCUUGGCACAAUGCAACAUGCUGGCCAGCAACACCGCCGCAAUCGUGGAUGCAUACGAUGUGUCGAGAGCUGUGGACCAGUCAGCGGCGUUUUCAGGUUUGCUGAUUGGCAUUUUCAUGGCAGCAAACCUGGCUGGGGCGGCUUUCUCAACCGUCCUCCAGUGCUUCUACCCGCAGCUCUGGAGCACCCACGCCAGACGGGCCAUCUUCUGGCCCAUGUUGUGCUGCACAUGUGGUCCACUGCUGUACUGUGUUCCAACGGGUCUCAUUUAUGUCGGCCGCGGGGAGGAGUUAGAGUGGCAGCAGGGCCUUGCCGCCCUCCUCCUUCUGAGCCGCAUUCUUGCAGGCUUGGGGGCCGGGGCAGCCUCGCAGGUCGGCUUAGUUUGCAUUGCCAAGGGCAGUCGCCCAUCAGAGAAAUCCCAGCACAUGGUCCGUUUCCUCUUUGCAAACAUGCUCGGCUGCGGCCUGGGGCCCCUGUUAGCAGCCUUCUACCACACAGUGACUCCCUGCCAGGGGCAGUUUGGCCCUCAGUUUUGGCAACUGGGUGUCAUGAAAGUGAUCUUGACACUGGGCACUGCCCUGGCGGUCGCUUUGUGCUUUCCAGCGAAGUUGGAAGCCCCCGCACAAAACGCACCACAGCCUGGGAGUGCCCAAAGUGCCCAAAGUGCCCAAAGCGCCCAAAGUGCCCAAAGUGCCCAAAGUGCCCAGAGCACGGAUCAAGCUUCCGUGGCUGCGCUGGCACGUCAGAGGAAGGUGGUGGUAGGAUGCUUGGCCAUGACCGGCCUGCGUGGCUACUUGAUCACGGCCUUGGAAGGUGCGACCGCGCUUUUCCUCCAGCAGCUUGCCAAAGAAUUGGAGCUCAGAUUGUGGCAAAACUACGGCUGGGAGCUUCACACCAUCGGCUUUUUCGUCGCCCUGACUUUCCUCAUGUGCAUACCUGGGAAGUUUAUACAGGGCAGCUUAUCGAAGAUUUUCUCAGAGAGAGCUAUGAUCCGAAUGUUUUCGGUGGUCGCCAUCCUCGGUGCUGUCCUGAGCCUUGGAAGCAUGAGCCCGAAAGCCUCUUGCAUUCACAGGGACCUGUGUAGCGAAGCACCAAGCACCUGCCCUUCAGACAUCUCUAGGAUUUGCCUCCAAGACGGCUGGACGCUAUUGGUGGCUGACUCUCUGCUGUUUCCUUGCAUCUACAUCUCAGAUGCCAUUGGCCGAGGAGUUAUGACGCGACACCUCUUACCCCAAGGCUCCUGGCUGGACUCCAAUCGAGCAUCCUUCUGGACGUUGCUCUUGGGUGGUGUGGGACAGACUGCUGGGCCGUGGCUGACACGCUGGUUCUUGCAGACCUCUACACAGGCGGCGUACUCUGCACAGCAAGCCGCUGGAUCUGCCGUUUUCUUGCUCAUCUUUGAAGUGGUUGUGAGACCGAACAUGAUGGAUGCCAUGCCACAGCCACAGCCACAGAGCACGAUGGGCAAGGGGGUCAUUGACCCGGAAUCCGGCAAAAAGGUCCCCGAGGGCGAAGACUUAGCCAAGCGUGUUGAGACGCUGCAUGCCGAAGCAGACAACAUCCGCAAGUGGUUGGAAGCUCGACCAUCCCCAGGCCCAGAAACGAAGCGAUUGGCAAGCUCACGUGAGGACUUGGCAGGCACCCUUGCGAGCCUGGAGGGUCAGAUUUCGCGGUUGAGGCACCAACUGGCAUGCGAGGUGAAGGGCCCUGUGCCACAGCUGACUGAGAACUCGAGCCGAGCCAAGGCCCUGCUCGCUCCAUCUCGGCCCUCUCGGCUGCCGACGACGGCCGAAGCUCGAGCACAGCAGGACAUCCUGCAGCUACUGCAGACCAUGGCAGGGCACCUUCAGGAUGAUGUUUUCGAGGCCGAUGAGGUCGCCACGGAGGCUGCGCUCGCGGAGCUUUCUGAAAGUCUCCGGGACCUUCGAGGCCGCUACCAGGACAUGCGCAGCCGAUGCGAAUCCUUGGGGCACCAUCUCCAGGAGACGCGCGUGCAAGAGGCGCAUCAACUUCUGGUGGAACAAGGUGAGGCCGAGCUCGCUCAGUUGCGUGAGGAGGUCGGCGAAGCGCAGCGACGCCGAUCCGAGGCGGAGCGCGAGGAGCGACGGUUGGCAGCAGCUGCGAGGCCACCAUGUGCACUGCACGAAAGCACGAUAGCAUGCUGGCAAUGCUGCAUGCCCAUUUCUUGA